ACCUUCGCCGUCCGUCUGCAACCCACCAGGUGCACGGUUGCAUGGUAUCGAUUACAGUGCGUCGGGAGGAACCUACACCAGUACCGGUGGUGGUGGCGGCUUCAGUCAAGUUUCGAUCGUCGAACGUUGCACACAUCGGUUGUCGGGCAAGUGGAUAUGCUAUAGGAAGGAAAGAAAGUUGGAACUAUGACCAAACAAUCCGCGGUUCACAUCAAUCUGAUCGAAAUGGUGAAAAAUGGCAAGAAAAAAUCUCGUUCUCUGAACAGUACUCCGGAGAGUUUCGAGUGUCGGAAGAUUCUGUCGCCGUUUUCGUAUGCAUCACCGGUAAGCGGCACCGCCACGACCCAUCACCCAAUGAGUGGCAUCCGUUGCUACCCAUCUACCCUGCGGAGCUACAGCAAAUGGGCUCCGACGGAGCAGGGGGCAACACUGGUUUGGCGAGAUUUGUGUGUGUACGCCUCGGGGAGAGGUUUCGGGUCGAACGGACGAAAAUCGAUCAAGCGUAUUAUUGGCAACGUUAGCGGAGCCGUCACCCCUGGGACGCUGAUAGCUCUGAUGGGUUCGAGUGGUGCUGGCAAGAGCACACUUAUGUCGGCGUUGGCAUUCCGAACGCAGCCUGAAACUAUUGUGCAGGGGGAUAUCCUCGUGAAUGGGCAUCCGAUUGGGCCGUAUAUGUACCGGUUGAGUGGGUUCGUCCACCAGGAUGAUCUUUUCGUCAGUUCUUUGACGGUCAACGAACACAUGUACUUCAUGGCAAAGCUGAAACUUGACCGUGGCGUGAGUAGGGCGUACAUUGGCAGAGUCAUCAAGGAUUUACUGGAACGAAUGGGUUUGGCUGGGUGUGGGGACACAAGAAUCGGUGAGGUCGGCGAAGGGAAAACGCUUUCAGGUGGGGAGAAGAAACGCCUAGCGUUCGCUACCGAGCUGCUGACUAAACCGACCAUUUUAUUUUGUGACGAACCAACCACUGGAUUGGAUUCAUUUAGCGCGCAAAAUCUUGUCUCGACACUGCAACUUCUCGCCAAGCGGGGAACAGCUGUUAUCUGUACGAUUCAUCAACCAUCCAGUCAACUUUUCUCCAUGUUCGACCAAGUAAUGCUGCUAGCCGAUGGACGAGUUGCGUACGCUGGUAAACCGAAUGAUGCGUUGCUAUUCUUCGAACAGCAUGGAUAUAGCUGCCCCUCAAACUACAAUCCGGCUGAGUUCUUAAUCGGAGUACUUGCGACUGCCCCUGGUUAUGAGCAGGCCUCUCAACGAUCUGCGCAGCGUUUGUGUGACCUCUUCGCCGUCAGUGAAGCAGCCAGUCAACGGGACGUUUUGAUAAAUCUUGAAAUGCAUAUGGCGGAAACUGGAGACUACAACGAAACCGAGGAAUUCAGCCAGUUACGAAAAUCCUUUUGGGUGCACACCGUUUUCUGGCUGACCUAUCGUAGCUUCCUGACGGUGAUACGAGAUCCUACGGUGCAAUAUCUUAGGUUGCUACAAAAAAUGGCCAUCGCCCUAAUGGCAGGGCUGUGCUUCACUGGUGCUCUCCGCUUCGACCAGCUUGGGAUUCAAGCUAUCCAGGGAGUGCUCUUUAUAUUCGUCUCCGAGAACACGUUUUCCCCGAUGUAUUCCGUGCUGUCUGUCUUCCCGGACACCUUCCCGCUGUUCAUGCGCGAAACGAAGUCCGGCCUCUAUCGGACCUCACAGUACUACGUGGCGAACGUGCUGGCGAUGCUCCCGGGGCUCAUCCUGGAGCCUCUGGUCUUUGUCGUUAUAGCCUAUUGGCUGGCGGGGCUGAGGCCAACGUUCUACGCCUUCGCGAUAACAGUGAUCGCGUCAACGCUGGUCAUGAACGUCUCCACCGCCUGCGGUUGCUUCUUUUCGGCUGCCUUCAACUCGCUACCCCUCGCAAUGGCCUAUCUCGUUCCGUUUGAUUACAUUCUUAUGGUCAGCUCCGGAGUGUUCAUUCAGCUCAGCUCCAUGCCGGUAGCCGUCUCCUGGAUGCCGUACAUCUCCUGGAUGAUGUACGCCAACGAGGCGAUGUCCAUCGCCCAGUGGGAAGGUGUUUCCAACAUCACCUGCUCCACGGAGGAUGCCAAACUGCCGUGCAUGCAGACCGGCGAGGAAGUCCUGGUGCACUACAGCUUCGAUGAGUCUCACCUGUGGAGGAACAUCUGGGCGAUGGUUGUGAUCUACUGUGGCUUUCACCUGCUUGGGUGUUUGUUUUUGUGGCGCAAAACGAGACACGGGUGAGUCUCCGGUGAGCUUUAAUAUUUCUAUUUGUUUUGACUGGUGGAAGCAAUAAACAACAGUGAACU